AUGAGUCAGACACCUAACGAACCGAGCCAGCCCACCGGGGCGCAAGCAGCUGUAUUCGUUCAAUCGGUUGCUAUGCCUGAGAGUGCGGUUUUGAUCAAAGGUCCCGAUUUUAAUCAGAACUUGUCAUUGAGCGAUCUCAUGUCUAGCUACAAGACCAUGGGAUUCCAAGCUAGUGGUCUCGGAGAAGCUAUUGAUAUUAUCAACUGCAUGAGAACGUGGCGAUUGUCAGAUGAGCCUGUAGCUGCUGAUGAAACAGAAGAUUACAGGGACCCAGAGACCCGUUGCAAAACUAAAUGCAAAAUCUUUUUGGGCUAUACAUCCAACCUAGUAUCAUCUGGAAUGCGUGAGAUUAUCAAGUUCUUAGUUCAACAUAAGAUGGUUGAUGUAGUAGUGGCUACAGGUGGUGGUAUUGAAGAAGACUUUAUCAAAUGUCUUGCUCCAACUUACCUCGGCGCUUUUGAUCUCAAGGGAUCUGAUCUUCGCAAACAGGGUCUCAAUCGUAUCGGAAAUCUUUUGGUUCCCAACAAUAACUACUGCAAGUUUGAAGAUUGGGUUGUACCAAUUCUUGAUAAAAUGUUGGAUGAGCAAAAGACCAAGGGUACUAUUUGGACACCAUCUUCGAUGAUCAAGAAGCUUGGUGAAGAGAUAAAUGAUGAAUCUAGUAUCUAUUACUGGUGUGCAAAGAAUGACAUCCCUGUGUACUGCCCAGCAAUUACUGAUGGAUCCUUGGGAGACAUGAUAUAUUUUCACUCCUACAAAAAUCCAGGUCUUAUAGUAGAUAUUGCAGCUGAUAUCCGUAGCAUGAACAAUGAGGCUGUAUUUGCUAAAAAGACUGGAAUGAUUAUUCUUGGUGGAGGACUCAUCAAGCACCAUAUCUGCAAUGCAAAUCUGAUGCGUAAUGGUGCUGAUUAUGCAGUUUAUAUUAACACUGCCCAGGAAUACGAUGGAAGUGAUGCAGGUGCUCGACCAGACGAAGCAGUAUCCUGGGGCAAAAUUAGACUUGAUGCUCGUUCUGUCAAGAUUUAUGCCGAGGCCACCCUUGUCUUCCCUCUUAUUGUUGCCGAAACAUUCGCUAAAGGACAUCACGAAGUCAAGAAGAAUUAGAAAAUUAAAAAUAAAAUAAAAAUAAAAUUAAAAAGC